AUGGCCGCGCAGGUCGCUGCGGUGCGAGCCGUGUCCCGGGCCGCGGAGGAGCCGCCCCCGCUCCCGUCAGGGGACCGGCCCGGCCGGCCCCGCGGCGGCGGGCGCCGGAGGCGGGGUCCGUCCGGUGAAGCGGCGGCCGUUAAACGGGCCCGGCUGAACCAACCGCUGCUGGCGGGGCCCGGCUCGGCGGAGCCGCUGCCCCCGGCCGCCCUGCCCGGCCUGCCCGCCGCCGGCCUCUUCACCUUCUCCCCGCUCAGCCUGCCGCCGGCCGCAGCCAUGGAGGAGCGCCGGCACCACCACCACCACCGGCAUCGCCCUGCCGCCGGCCCCGAGCCCGGCCGCUUGGCCGCUGGGCAGCCGCAAAAGGCGAGGCGGGGCAGCCCCGCGGACGGGGCAGCAGGGCGGCCCAGCAAGCGAGAAACUCCAGAUGAAAAUGGCAAAACCCAGCGAGCUGACAGUCUUAUUAUGAAGAAGAUAAAGAAAAAAAAGAAAAAGAAACAUCGGGAAGAUAUGAGGGGGAAACGCCUGAAGAUGUACAACAAAGAAGUGCAGACAGUGUGUGCUGGACUCACUCGCAUUGACAAGGAGACUCUUUCUCAAGGACAGUGUGACAACUUGGAAAUGAGCAAGGAAUCCUUCAGGUACCUGAAGGAUGAGCAGCUCUGCAGACUGAAUUUGGGUAUGCAGGAAUAUCGAAUACCCCAGGGAGUACAAACACCAUUUGUGACACACCAGGAGCAUUCUGUUCGCAGCAGCUUCUUGAAAACUGGCACUAAAUUUAGUAACUUCAUUCAUGAAGAGCAUCAGUCCAAUGGUGGUGCUCUGGUCCUUCAUGCUUACAUGGAUGAACUCUCAUUUUUGUCUCCAGUGGAGAUGGAGAGAUUUGCCGAAGAGUUUCUUGCAUUGUCAUUCAGUGAAAACGAUAAAAAUGCAGCUUACUAUGCUUUAGCCAUAGUACAUGGAGCAGCUGCUUAUUUACCAGACUUCCUGGAUUACUUUGCUUUUAACUUUCCUAACACUCCAGUGAAAAUGGAAAUUCUGGGCAAGAAGGACAUUGAAACAACAACAAUUUCAAAUUUUCACUCUCAGGUCAAUCGAACAUACUGCUGUGGAACCUACCGAGCAGGACCAAUGCGGCAGAUCAGUCUUGUUGGAGCUGUGGAUGAAGAAGUUGGAGACUACUUCCCAGAAUUCCUAGAUAUGUUAGAAGAAUCUCCAUUUCUCAGAAUGACUUUGCCCUGGGGGACUCUUUCUAGUCUCAGACUUCAGUGCAGGUCACAGAGUGAUGAUGGCCCCAUAAUGUGGGUGAGACCAGGGGAGCAGAUGAUCCCAACAGCUGAUAUGCCAAAAUCACCAUUCAAACGGCGCCGGUCAAUGAAUGAAAUAAAGAAUCUCCAGUACCUACCUCGGACCAGUGAGCCCCGGGAGGUUCUGUUUGAAGACAGAACAAGAGCUCACGCUGAUCAUGUGGGCCAAGGGUUUGACUGGCAGAGUACAGCUGCUGUUGGUGUUCUGAAGGCUGUACAGUUUGGGGAAUGGAGUGACCAGCCUCGUAUAACCAAAGAUGUGGUUUGUUUUCAUGCUGAAGAUUUCACUGAUGUUGUGCAGAGACUUCAGUUGGACCUGCAUGAACCUCCGGUGUCACAGUGUGUUCAAUGGGUGGAUGAAGCCAAACUGAACCAAAUGAGACGGGAAGGCAUUCGCUAUGCUAGAAUUCAGUUGUGUGACAAUGACAUCUACUUCAUCCCUAGAAAUGUCAUUCAUCAGUUCAAAACGGUGUCGGCAGUCUGCAGCUUAGCCUGGCACAUAAGACUUAAACAGUAUCACCCUGUGGAGGAGACUUCUCAAAACGCAGAAAGCAAUUCAAGCUUGAACAGUAGUGUUCCUGGAAAUCCAGAGGCAGAAGGUGAACCCCAAUGUGUGAGUGUAAAAACAGAGUCUGAAGAACCAGGUAUAGAAAUGCAGCUUACACCAGGGGUGCUCUCCUCCUCUCUUUCUUCGAUAUCAGGACUUGUGCAACCAGAUCAGGUGGCCCAGCCCCUUCCAGGUUUCAAAAUAGAGUCUGAUCAGCACCACAAUCCACAGGAUCAUGCAGGCUCUGCUGUGUGAUAUGUAUAUAAGCAAACAUUUUUUAACAACUUUUUAAAAUUUUGAUGUGAAGUUAUAGUUUUAUAACUGGCUUAUGUUUUAUUGGAGAAAUCUUGCCUAUAAUUCUAUAAAGAAAGGUGACAUUCCAAAAUGUCAAGCAUAUCUUUUUUACACAGAUUAUGCAAAAUUCAAGUUGUAUUUUAACCCCUUAGUACAACCUGUAACAGUGGUCUACCACUUCUUUCUGUUUAAGUAAAGAGAUAUUUAAUAUCUUCUCAAAGUCAGAAUGAAAUUCCUCCAGGAACAUAACACUGACCAAUGUAGUUUAAUCGGUUGAUUUCCCUACUUUUACUUUAGCUCUGAUCUUCACCAGAAAGAGAGGUUUUUGUAGAAGAUUUGCAAAAUGACUUUCCCAUUUCAUUUUAAUUGCUUAAAAAAAAACCCCAACAACAAAAGAAAAAGGAAAAAAAAGCACAGCACUUUUGAUGAUUUGUGAAACUUUUGGUAUCUGUUCUUGACAUGUUGGUUUAUAUACGAGUUGGGUUUAUAUAUACAAGCUAUAGAAACUGAUCUCUUAUUUCUUACAGUAAAAUUAACUGAAGCAAGUGUCUGAUCCUGUUGAAAUGCAAUGACUUACUGACCUAACACUUCUCAUAGCACUGCUUAUGUUGUUUGGUGUGAGGGUUUCGCUUCCAAAAUCCAUCUUCCCUGAACAUGAUUAAUACUAGUGUCAAAAUUAAAAGAACUUAUUGGUAGUCUUGUGGAGGAAACUGCUAUCUUCGAGCACUUUAAGGCUUUCAAAUACUAACCAACUUGGCAGCUUGUUUUGGUCAGGUCGUAAUGUGUCCAAUGAAACCACACUUCCCCUUGUACUGAUGCACUUAAUAGCGUUGAGUUGGUGACUGACUUACACAGUGCGGCUGUCCAUACGCCAGGAAAUUCUGUAUUACUCUUUCACAAUAAAAAGUCUUGUGGCAUUGAACUGCUUUUUCCAUGAGUAGCUUCUGGGUGCCCAGGUACUGUGGAAAAAUCAGUGGCACAUGCUAAAUGUGUAGAGUGUCAGCUAGCAA